AUAGUUAGAAAAAUUAUAAGCAGACUAAGAGUGGGAUGUUCAUAAAGCUGUUCAGACAAUUAUUAGCAGGGCUUUUUUUCAGUUUAAAAACCUGCAGACUUUCAUAUGUAUGCAAUAUGUGUCAUGAUAACAAACUCCGUGCUAACUUUUAGAAGUCACAUACAGAGCUGGGAAAACCAAAUUCUUGUUCCCAUGGAAAGCCCAAUAUUUGGAAGAGACAAGUAAUUUUAGUUUUAGAAUGAAUUUUCAAAAUUUGGUCAGAUUGGUUUUUUUAUGUUGACAAUCAGUUACAUGUGAUACUAAAGUGAAAACUGACACCAUUGCAUGGGAAGUUUGAAUUUUUCUCUCAGAGUUUUCCAUCAAGAUCUGCAUAUUCAUGCAAUAUAUUUAAACUUUGCUCAAACUGCAUUAUUUAGUGCAGGGGUGAGGUUCUAUGAGAAAUGUUUACAGCAAGGAUUAUUUUGAAGAAAGUCUUUUAAAAGUAUUAUGUACAUGCACACAUCUUACUUUAAAUGACAGGUAUCCGAACGUACAAGCUAAAAUGCAAGAAGAAGUGGAUAGGAUUGUUGGAAGAGACCGUCUGCCAUGUGCUGAAGAUCAGCCUCACUUGCCCUACAUCAUGGCUUUCUUGUACGAAUCCAUGCGCUUCAGCAGCUUUGUGCCUGUUACUAUCCCACACGCCACCACGACCAACACCUUCAUAAUGGGCUACCUCAUUCCCAAGGACACAGUGAUUUUUGUGAAUCAGUGGUCAGUGAAUCACGAUCCAGCGAAAUGGUCCAACCCAGAGGAUUUUGAUCCAACAAGAUUCCUGGAUGAGAAUGGAUUCAUCAAUAAAGAUCUUACUAGUAGCGUGAUGAUUUUUUCAUUGGGAAAACGUCGGUGUAUUGGAGAGGAGUUAUCCAAGGUGCAGCUCUUUCUUUUUACCUCCAUACUGGUACAUCAGUGCAAUUUUACUGCCAAUCCAAACGAGGACCCUAAAAUGGACUUCACCUAUGGGUUGACCAUUAAACCUAAGCCGUUCACCUUGAAUGUUACGCUUCGAGAUACUAUGGAUUUGCUCGAUCAGGCUGUCCAAAGACUGCAAGCAGAGAAAGCAGCCAAUGACAAUCAGCUGUCAGGAAACACCUAAGCAAUGAACCUCGCAUCUAAAGAUAAUCCCCUUCUCUCUUUUUAGACUUAAAUAAGUUAUAGUUUGUUCUGGUGAGCUUUCUGUAAAACAACCAAUGUUACAGGUUACAAGAGCAGGAAGGAAAACUGCACAAGGUGUAAUUCAGUCCUCUCUAAUUCUAGGAGACCCAGGGGAACAACUUAAUAUAUUAAAAUUAUAAAACAUAUGCAAUUUGAAAGUAAUAUUUUCUAGCUUAUUCACAGAAGUCGCCAUUGUAAAGCGCUUUUUGUCUACUGACUGGUUGGAGCAUCUCCAGGAACUGUUUGUACAAUCCUCUCCAUGUCUCCACGAGCUGUGCCUUAACUCUUUAAGUUUGCCUUCAGUGACUCCACAUCCCAAAGCGAAAUCUCUUAUUUUUAAAAACAUAAAGGAAAAAAAAAAGGGUUGCUCAGAAAACUGCAGCCUGACUCUGAAUUCACUCUACUGGAGACUGCCGUAGGCACAUGGCAGCUCCUGCAUCGUGACUGCUGGGAUGUACAAUAAUGCCUCAAUAAUAAAUGUUCAAAUGAUUUUUGAUAAAAUGGCAAUGUAAAGUCUUGUCUGUAGCAUUCCAAAGUGUUUAGAUAAAUGACUA